AAAUUUGGUGCAUCACGGCCACCGUAGUCGCUUCCUUGUCACGUGACACAAAGUUGUCAACACCAUGAAAAACAUCACUUUCGAGUACUGUACUGUGCAGCGCAGGAAACUUCUGCAUUUGUGACAAGUUACUACACGUUACGGUUGUUCGUCAACUAGUCGGGCUUUAAUUGUGCGAAUAUCAUGUCAGCAUGACACGUUUUAGCUUGUGACCAGGAAGUGUUUUAGCUAGGUUAGCCUGCCAGCUAGCUAGCUGUCUGAGUUCGGAAUGUCAGCUGACAAGUGCUCGUUGACACAUGGCUGUUUGUUUGUUCAGAUUGUAAUGUUGGUGUAUUUAAAACCCAGAGGCUUGUCACUUUAGACAGCAGCUCAGUGCUACAACGCCAGCUAGCAUGUCUCGUUCUUACGGUGGGACUGGCCAGUCGUCUCUUGUCACUAGCUUGGCAACACUUCUCCGAAAUAAUGGCGAGUUAGUGCUGGGAGGCAGCAGCACGCUGACCCUGCCAGCGACGAGCUUGCAGCAACUCACCCGGCUGUUUGAGCAACACUUGCUGUCCAGGAACCAGCAGCAUGGCUUCCUGGCCCUGCCAUCCCAUCCAGCUGACACUGCAUCCUUGCUGCAGCUGCAGUUCCUCUUCGACAUCCUGCAGAAGACCAUUUCCCUAAAGCUCAUCAACCCAUCAAGUUCAAGACUGGAGUCUGGGGUGAAGGUUUUCCCGUUCAAGUCUUUAAAGUGUUUGGAGCUGAAGAACAUCCCCCCUCAUUGUCUCGAGGGUCUCCGAGGCGUUUACUCCCAGUUGGAGGUCUUCAUCUGCUCAAAGAGCCUGAGCUCCCUGGAGGAGUUGCUCUCCCUGUGCGGCGGUGACCUCAGCUCUGCACUGCCGUGGUUGGAGCUACACACCCUCAACUUCAGCUACAACUUCAUUGUCUGCCUUGACCAGUCUUUAAGUCUCUUGAACGUCCUGAAGUCUUUGGAUUUAAGCCACAACAAGAUUCAGGAGUGUGCAGAAUUUCUAAAGCCUUUGAGUGAGCUGGAACAUUUGAAUCUCGGCUACAACUGCCUGCAGAGGGCGCCAACACUUAGCAUAAGCGCCAGGGUCAAACUGCUCACGCUCAUCCUCAGGAACAAUGAAUUGGAGACUAUCAAUGGUGUGGAGCAGUUGGCAUCACUCCAACACUUGGACCUGGCCUAUAAUCUCCUGGUGGAGCAUUCCCAACUGGCUCCUCUCUCCUUGCUCCACUGCCUAAACACGUUGAACCUGGAGGGCAACCCGCUGUACUUCCGGAAGACUCAUCGCACGUAUACCGUCCGACACCUCUCGCCUAAGGCCGUCGGCCUCAGACUUAAACUCAAUGGCGUCCCGCUCUCUUCUUCCGAGUUGUCUGCUCUGCCGAAAGUCGAGCAACUGAUUGUCCGGGUCCAGUCGUCCCCUCCGGCAGAGUUCGAGCAAAGUCACGCAGACGUGUCGAGUGGAGCCGGGGAGCUCAGCGAUAGUCUCUCAGUGGGGGAGGUGCGAAGCUCACGCGGACGCAAAAAGAAGUCCCGGGUUAAAGUGCGCCGAGCAAGUAUCUCAGAGCCAAGUGAUACCGACUACCGGGUUGUGUCCUCCUCACAAGACAUUGUUCUUCCACACCAAGAGGAGAUUGAGCGCAUGUCCAGUUUCAGAGAGCAGCUGGGUGAAGACUGGUUGCGGUACCAGCACCACUUAGACGUAGAUGCAGCUCCGCCUCCUUCCAAAACUCUUCACGGCUUGGAAACGCUCUCCAACAGCCUCGAGGCCCCUCUGCGUCCACCUCCGGAGGUUCUUCCUCCGCCACUUCUCACAUCUGAGCCCAGGGUGCCGGAGGCAGAGGCGGAGGCAGAGCAAGAGACAGAAACAGAGUCCACAUUACAGUGGCCCAGUCAAAACACUCAGCACUCUGAGUCCACUUUGGAAGACACUCCGGUCCCUUCCACCAGACACAGUUUGGACUCCCACAAGUCACCGAGGCAGGAGAGCGGCCAUUCCAAGGAGGGAGAACGUGAGGAAAACCUGGGAGUGGACCAGUGUCUGCCGCUCCUGGUGGGUGUCUUACCUGACAAAGAAGAGGAAGAUGACCAGAGUCAGGAUGAGGGGAGGAAGGAGGUGUUUCUGCGUGUCAAACAGAGCCAUUUGCUCGAGGUCGACAUGCAGUCCGGCCAGGAAAGGUGCUGUCUGGAACUGGACUGCCUGGCCAAGGUGGAGGCCACGCAGGCAGCUUGGACCCGCAAGGAGAGCAAAGUAAUGUUACCUGCUGUGGAGAUCCAGUUUGACUACAUCAUGAAGGAAAAGAGGCGGAGAUGUUACGUCCUUCUCGAUGAUGACCCGCAGCAGGCCCUUAAGGAUCUCGUCGACGUGCUGUCACCCGUGGCCGAGGCCAACCGCCGUCGUGACGUUCGGCUCCUUCCAGGCCGUCUUCAUUUGCAGUGCCUUCGCUGCGGGUCAGAGUUCACGGAGGCCGGAGGUCGAGCGAGGAGUACACGGGGCGUGAUGCUGCCAGAGGGCGCGGAUGAGCACGACGGCAAAGAGUUGAUGGAAUGCGAUGACGGCGACAAAGGACAUUGCGAUACCUGUCCUGAAUGUGGAAGUGACCACUUGAUCCAGCUCGUUGGCCAGUCGUUUCCUUACUGCAGUACACCAAUCCAACGUCCAUCAAGGACCACCGAUGAAGACAGCGAGUUGAACCGUAGCAGUGAUUGGGAGGAAACUGCCACAGCCGCCACGGAGGACCUCGAUUUUUCCACCGCGCAAGGGGGUUCCAUCUCCAUGGGGGACGGCGGGCUUGACUCUUUCUCGCUGUCCUACAAUGCUGAAUGCCAAAGCGAGGAGGAUCUGGCCGGCAGCUACAGCUACAACGCCGUCAGUUCCACGCCGCCUGCUAUGCAGCCUUCAGGGAUGGCCAACUCCACUGGUGACUUAGACCUGCUGAACGAGGCCUUUGAGGCGGUCGACCAUCGGCUGAAGCUUUUCUUGGAUGUGGAUGUCUUUGUGGAGGAAGAGGAGCUCCGUUGUUUCCUGAAGACGUCACUUGUGAGAUUCGGGGAGCCGGAAGAGUUUCUGUCUCUGGUGGUGGUGUCAGACAAGAGAAUUUAUGUGCUUGAGGUCACAUCGGGAGCCAGCAAAAAGCAGCUCUCCGAUUGGCUCCAAAAGCGUGACUGCCACCCAAUCCUGGAGCUCAGCUAUUUGGAGGUGGGGCUUGGCUCUCAGAGCAUCCACAUGGCAUUUGAAGAUGGGGAACUAAGGGGCGGGGCCUACACCCUCCUGGUGCGGGACACUUCACGCUGCAAAAGCUUCUUUGGCCUGUUGACAGGCAUUGUACGUGAGAUGGCACACCGCUCCGACAGCAAUCUGAGGUCAAUCUCAACCGCCAGACUCAAUCCUCAACACCAUCUUUGGCCUCUUGUGUGUGAAGACAUCCAGACAGAUGUGGAGGAUGGCCAGCUGCAGUUUUGCUACAUUUUGGCCUUUUUGCUGCAAGACAACACGUGGGCCCCGACGACGGUGCUGGCGACCCGAGAGACUCUGUACCUGCUGAGCGAGGACCACCAGUGGGCGAAGAACACAAAGCAAUCGGCGGCGGUCGACGGCACCCAGGAGCCGAGCAGCGGGAGCUUCUCUGUUCUGGAGACGCUUCCCAUCAGUUGCGUGAGCUCCGUUCACCUGUGGCCCGAUGAGCAGCGACGGAUGGACAUCAAGCUCUACGACGAGACACAGCAAGAGGAAAAGACCUGGCACGUGCGCUCGGAGAGUUCUGAGCUCCUCCAGCCUCUGCUGGCGUGGGUCCGAACACAGUGGGAAGCCAUGUUUGGCGUUAAGCUACACACAACAAAGUACCACACAGAAACGUAACAAUGGUACUUUUUUUUUUUGGUACGUGCCCCUUCAAUGCAGAAGAUGGGCCGGGGAGAGUUGUGAAUUUUUUUUUUUUUUUCUUCUGAGCAAUGGCAUGACCUCUUGCACAUGUGAAGCUGUCAUCACGCACAUAUUUGAGUCCCUCCCAACAUCCUGCAGCUGUGAGCGUUCAUGUAAUAAUUUAUUUCUUCACUAAUGUCUUUUUAUUUUUUGUUUUCUAUGACAGCAACUGUGUUUGCAAACUGUGUGUAUAAAUACGUUCAAACAAAUGCA